AAAUAGAGGGUGAUGAUGAUGAACGCAAGAGAAACCUUGGUGAUAAAGUAGUUUCGUUAUGGAUAAUCUUGACUUUGGGUUGAUUUCACUCUAUAAAAGUUUGCAUCUUUGCCCCUAAAACCAGUUAAGACAACUAUCCUUCUCCCAUUUCUCUCCCAGUUAAGACACAGCUGAUCAGCCAGAGAACCAAACAAAUGGACAAGUUCAAGAUGGCGGAAUCUGCAGGUGGGCAUCCACUGUUCAGCUGCAGGAACUGCAGAACUCCUCUUGCCUUCCAUGCUGAUCUCCUCUCCAAGAAGUUCAAGGCAAAAUCAGGGCAAGCUUACAUGUUCUCUCAUGUGAUGAAUGCGGUGUUGGGGCAAAAGGAAGAGAAGCAGCUGAUGACUGGAGUGUUCACCAUUGCCAGCAUCUACUGCAGCCGCUGCGGCGAGGGGCUGGGGUGGAAGUAUGUUCUUGCCCAUGAUAUGAAGCAGAAGUACAAGGAAGGCAACUUCAUACUCGAGAAAUCCAAGCUUGCCAAGGAAUACUGAUCACAGAUCCAUGCUAUAUAUCUCCAGCUAGCUUCUGUCAAGAGUUUUCUAAUGUAAUAAAGCAAUACAACGCUAAUGUCAAAACCAGCAACGCUAAGAAAUGGGUGGUAUGAAUCUUAUAUCAUAUCAUUUAGUCACAUGCUUCCUAAAACG